AUGUCGGCAUCAUCUUUACAAGAAAGCCGUAAUGACCUCUCCACGGUAGGUCUAUUGGCAGAGAUGAGUGCAAAUAGUAACGACAACAAGAAAAAAAAUGAAGUAUUCGUGGUUGAGGGCGAGGCUCUCAGCUCUGUCAGUCCGGGCGAAUACGAAAUGCAUGACUCUGGAUUCGAGGAGUUGUAUCUGGAAAAGUCUCGGCUGAUUUCACGUGCUAUCGAUGAGAUAGGAUUCGGAAAAUAUCAGAUUGGGCUGUUUGUGGUGGCGGGGUUCGGCUGGUUUAGCGACAACGCUUGGCCAGUUGCCACAAGUUUAAUCCUGCCGCGAUUGGCCGAAGUUGACGGAGUUCAUCCGCCUGCUAAAGGUCAGACCCCGUUCAUCACGCUAGCGCAAAACUUGGGGUUGCUUGCGGGGGCACUAUUUUGGUCCUUGUCGUCGGAUGUCAUCGGUAGGAGAUGGGCUUUCAACAUCACUUUCCUGUGGACUGCGGUUUGGGCCAUUGUUGCUGGCUCCUCGCCCAAUUUUGCAGCCCUGGGAGUAUUCGUGGCUCUUUGGAGCUUUGGUGUGGGUGGAAACCUGCCCGUCGACUCCGCGAUUUUCAUCGAGAGCCUGCCCUCCAAGUACAAUUAUCUGCUAACAGUGCUGAGUAUAUUUUGGGCAUUUGGGCAAGUCGUGACAAACCUGAUAUCGUGGGGUUUGAUCACCAACUAUUCUUGUGAAACCGAUAUUGUCCGGAAGAGUUGCAACUGGGGCUGGAGAUAUUUUCUUUUCACGAUGGGCUGUUUCACCUUUUUGCUUUUCAUGAUACGCUUGAGUUUUCGCGUGUUUGAGUCGCCAAGAUUUCACAUGUCAAGAGGCGAUGACGAAGCCGCCGUCGCCACGCUACAUCGAAUCGCUAAGAUCAAUGGGAAAGAAACUAGCAUCACCCUUCAAGAUUUGAAAGCUUUGGAUGAGCAGUACCCGAGAUCUUGGAACGCGGAAGUCAAAGACAAUGGCCGUUUUUCCGAAUGGCAGAUCAUCAAAAACUCAAUGGAAAAGUACAACUUGGGGCAUGUUAGAGCUGUGUUUUGCUCUAAAAAGCAAGCGCUGUCUUCCACGCUCGUGAUAUUUGUUUGGGCGGUAAUUGGGCUUGCCUUUCCACUCUACAAUGCAUUUAUUCCGACGUACCUCGCAGAAAGAGGCAACGCUAACGAACCGCUCAGCGUUGCUUUGACAUACAGGAAUACCCUGAUCAUAGCCGUGAUGGGAAUACCUGGCGCCAUACUUGGCGCCAUCUUCGUCGAAACCAAAUUAGGAAGAAAAGGAAGUCUAGCGCUGUCCAUGUUUGCGACCGGGGCGAUCUUGUUCGGAUCUACAACUGCUAAGACAAGCAAUGCUAAUUUGGGAUGGAAUUGUGGAUUUAAUAUCGCCUCCAGUAUCAUGUAUGGUGUGCUGUACGCCUAUACUCCUGAAAUAUUCCCCACCAGAGUGAGGGGUACGGGUGUUGGUCUGGCCUCAUCUGCUAAUCGUGUUUUGGGGGUAUUCGCGCCAAUUAUUGGUAUGUACGCCAAUUUGGCUACCUCAGCUCCAAUUUUUGUUAGUGGGGCGCUUUUUUUAUUAGCGGGAAUAGUGUCAGUCUUUUUCCCUUAUGAAUCGAGAGGUAAAGCGACGUAUUAA